AUUGAUGUCAAUCAAAGAAAGAAAGAGUGAGUAGUUAAGUUGUUUACUCCUUCAAUAGAAAAUGAUGAAUUUCAUGAUUUGACUCCCAUCUCUUGUGCUUUUCUCAAAGGUUGCUUAUUACCUUUAUUAAUUGCGAACUGUGAAAUACGGCGUUGGUUUAUCGAGGAUGGAAGUACAUCGCCAAGCUCCCAACGCGACACGCGACAUCCGCAUCAUCACCGUCACUGGCUUCUGACGUAGCUUUCGGUAGUGGGAUUAUGGGAGCCUGGUCAUCAUCAUGGCGCCACCACCUCCUCCUCUUCCACCAACUACGCCCACGCCUCAUCGCUUCCUAGUGCCCAGGAGGUCACAGCAGCAACAGCAACAGCCUAGGCAGGAAAUCCCCAAGGCUUUCCAUAGUGGCGGACAACAGUUCCAGGCUACGCCAAGGUUCUCUCUUCAUUCCACGCCUAGAGGGUCAGCGGGAAGCCGGCCGUCAUCGUCAUUUCGGACUCCCGUCUCCGCAUCCGCAUCCACUAAGACCGGAGUUGGUUCCGGAGUAAGGGAGAGAACAGGGGCAGCCGUCUUUUUUCGUCCGACGCAGCGCACCACUGACCCAAUCAACGAUAUCAUCGACAGCUCGCCACCGUUUGCCGAGCAGCAGCGAUCUAGUAGUAGUAAUGCCUUGCAUGAUCCUAUUGAACAUGACGAUGCUAGGCUAGAGAUAUACGAAUAUCACAGCGAUAAUGACGAUAAAGGUGAUGAUGAUGAAUAUGAUGAGCUUGAUGCAAUACCCGAGUCCUCGCCACCACGAGCUAGCACUGCCCGCUACGGCAGCGAAGGCGAUGACUACGACGAUGACCUAAGAGACCGCGCCCCGAAGCGUCGGCGCAUCUCGAUAUCCUCCGACUGGGACGUCGACGAGCUCUCACACCAGCACGAUGGCGAGAGCGGGAGCGUGCUGGGCGAUCUUGCUAUACGUGAUGACGACGAUGGCGGACAGACGGACAUCGACAUGAUACGGUCUUCCCCGCUUGACCGUAGGCCAGGAGACCAUCUUUCUACUGAAGAAGACGAGAAUAAGGAUGAGGAUGAAGAUGAAGCUAACGACACCCUCCCCAAACCCCCACCACCAGCAGCCCCGCAACCCAUUUUCCAGAAAGCCCCGCGCUUCAAGCCCGCCGAGGCAUCCGACAGUUCGCACCACCACGGCAGCGGCGGCGGCGACCCACUUCCCGACGCCUUCUCGCCGCACCGCAGAGGCGCCAAGUACACCCCCGGCGGCCUGGCGGCUGAAGUCCGUGACUGGUUCGUCGACGUCUGGGCUGGUGCUACUACUGCUGCUACUACUACGAGUGCUGCGACUUCAAAUGCAACUACUAUCGGCACGAGGAGGGAUGGUGGGGACUGGAUCGCGAGGGUCAUUGUGGACGAGGUGAGGGGGGCGUCGGGGAUGAUGCUCGUUACGGGACGGUAUUGCGUGGAUGGUGUAGAUGGAGACGGAGACGGAUAUCAUGGUGAUGGUGGUAGUGGGAGGGAAGAAGAAGUGCAAGUGAGGAGUGUAAGGGUCGUGCUCGCGGGUAGUCAGAGGCUGAGUGGGCUGGAAAAGAAGCAGGAAGUAAAAGCUGGCGCGGUGAUAGGGGUAGGGAGGCCAACUUGGGAGGUUUCUCUGCAAGAACAGGGGCGCUGGGGGGUUGUAUGUGAGUGGGCUGUGUUGAAGUGAGAUGAGUAGACAAUAGGCAUUUCAGGUACAAUACAAUGCCUAUAUGAGCCUACAUCAUUGAUGUAUGCAGUUUCAGUAUGCGCUGAUGCAUAGAUACCCUACAUAAUGCUGCGUAGGUAAUACUAUGUGAAUACGUACAAUCUAUUGGCUUUUCAUUUCCUUCA